UCCUUGCAGCGCAGCGCAGCGCCGACGCUCCAUCUUCCUCGCAGCGCCGCUCAGGCUCGGUCCCUCAGCGCGGAUCUUCAACUCCUCCCCCCACUCGGUCCCAGGGAUCGGAGCGGGCCCCCUCGGCGGCGUCCAGCGACGGAGGGGCAGUCCCAGGCUCGGCGGCGGCGUCGGCGGCUCCCCCUCCCGCCUCUCGCCAGUCGCCUCGCGCCCUCGCCUCCGUCCUCCGCGCACCGGCCGGCGACCCUGCGUACGCACCUCCCUCUCCCCUCCCGUCUCUGCUGUACCGUGGGAGCCCGGCCAGCUGCCCAGGGUGGCCGUGUCUUUUGCGUGACAGAUGCAGGAAGUUUUUGAUCCACCAGAAACAGAAAGGAAAGCAGAAACUAAAAUUGGUACAACCAUUAAGAAGGAUGUGAUUGUCCAGCAAGAUUCAUGUUCUUCAUAUCAAUUAUGGGGCAGUAUGCAAUUUGAAGAAGAUGGUCAUUUGCUGUCCCAGACAAAGAGGGAUUUGUCACAUUUGGAUUAUCAAGCACAGUUUGUUGACACCAAAUAUGUCACUGAACUUGGGUCACAUGCAUGUUCGAAGGAUCCAUUGCCACUGGGAAGAGAUUAUCAUAGGCAGAAGCCACACUUUCCUACUUCAGCCUGUUCUUGGGAGAAGUCUUCUGCACUAGAAGCAGCAUCAAGUAGCCCAGAUGCAUUAGGGCAUGCAUUGGGGACAAUGAGAACCAAAACCAACACCAUCAGUGCAAGGCCAGAUUAUCUUGCUUCGUAUCCUGCUAGUGCUCCUCACAUGCGGAAGUGUCCAGGAGCAGUUGAACUUGAUUAUGGUUUAGAUCAUUCAGAACAUUGCUACAGAAGAUCAGACCGAUUUACUUCCUUUUCAAGCCGCAAUGGCCGAUCUGUAGAACAUUGCAAAGAGAUGGUUGAAUAUGCCAGAGGGUCCCGCUAUGCAGAUGAGAUCAAUCCUGCUCCGUGUCAAUGGUGCUUUGAGGAUGAGAUCCCUUCUUUAUCUAGAAAGAAGUAUGAUGAGGCACCUUCAGUACCAAGAGGCCUGCAGUAUGGCGAUGAGAUCCCUUCUUUAUCUAGGAAGAAGUAUGAUGAGGCACCUUCAGUACCAAGAGGCCUGCAGUAUGGCGAUGAGAUCCCUUCUUUAUCUAGGAAGAAGUAUGAUGAGGCACCUUCACGCUCAAGGCAGUGGCAUUAUGGUCCUCAAACCGCAAUGUCCUCAGGGAGACUUGACUAUGGUGAUGAGAUCCCGUCACUGUCUCUUCACCAUGGUUACCGAGAUAGGAUCCCUUUGCGUUCUGGUCAUUGGUGCCAUGAUGCUGAGGCACGUAUACUGUCAAGAUACCAGCAAGGUACUUCUCAUGGGAAUAAUCACUCAAGGCAAAAUUUUGCCAGGAUUAAUACUAAUGAGCAAGCCAAAGUUAUCACAAGCAAACAUUCUUUUGCAAAACCUAGGGUGGUUAACAGAGUUGUAAACAGUAGCAACCACCAUAUGUUCAAUAUGAAAGGUAAUCACUGGAGAAAUUCUGAGGAUUUAAGGGACCAAGUUCGUGGGCCGAGGGCAAAUAAAUUGAACAAUGCUUCAGUAUCAUCCACUGUGAAAGAUAUCAUAAGUCCGUUGAUCCGUAGAAAUCAGUAUAAUAGAUCAGAUUUUUCAAUUCAAUACAAACAGGCCAAGUUUUUUAUGAUAAAGUCAUAUAGUGAAGAUGACAUUCAUAAAGGUAUCAAAUAUAACGUUUGGGCAAGUACACCAAAUGGGAAUAAUAAGCUGGAUGCUGCAUACCAUGAAGCUCAAAAUUUAAUGAACGAGAAUGGUGAAAGGUGCCCUGUCUUCCUAUUCUUCUCGGUCAACACCAGCGGACAGUUUGUAGGUUUGGCUGAAAUGUUAGGGCCUGUUGAUUUCAAGAAGACCAUGGACUUCUGGGAAGAAGAUAAAUGGAAUGGCUUUUUCCCUAUAAAAUGGCAUAUUAUAAAGGAUGUUCCAAAUCGGUUGUUCAAACAUAUAAUUCUUGAAAACAAUGACAACAGGCAGGUUACUUUUAGCAGGGACACACAGGAGAUCGGGCUGCCGCAAGGUGUGCAAAUGUUGAAAAUUUUCAAGGAUCAUCCUCAGGGAACAUCAAUUCUGGAUGAUUUUGAUUUUUAUGAAGAAAAAGCUAAUGCACGCCGUGCUGAAAAGAGAGGAAAUUCAGAGUCGACAUAUGAAGCUCGAUUCUCUGAUGACUUGAAACCUAUGGAAAAUUUGGAGGCAAGCAUGGAGAGUUGGAGUUUAUUCGAGAAUUGGGAGUAAUACAAAAUAUAGAUGGCUGCGCCACUGAAAUAAAGAUCAAGAUGAGUCAGUGAACUAGUGGAAGGCACUGACAGUCUGACACCCCUUCACAGAACGAUUUGCAUCUGACAUGUGUCUAUAUAUGGGGUCAACUGAAACUGCUUAUAUAAUUGUUAUAUUAUAUAUAGUGUUUGCAUAGAUGUGCUGGUAAAUACAGCCCCAUGUGAUUUUAACACCAGAUGUUUCCUGAAACAUGGUUACCUUGAUACAUUUCCUGAGAUCCUCUUACUGUGUAAGAGCGUUCGAAUUCUUAGAGCGACCAAUGAGCACUAGCUAGGAAUAUAUGUUGCUGCAGAACUAAACGGUAGCAUGGUGAGGCAACCAAUGAGGGCUUCAAUACCUUGAUUAUUGUUUGCAAAUGCUAUAACGAAUGUUGUUCAAAA